AUGCACCUAGAGAUGGCAGGUAUGACCAUCUACACCGUGCGGGCCGUCGUCUCCCCGAGCGGCGCACGCGUUGGCGGAGAUCCGGGACCUGUGGCGGACAUGACAGCCAAGAGUAUCGGCACUGACGCCGAAGGCCUACGCUUUUAUCUCAGCGUGCAAGCUAAGCGACAUUGCCAGGCGGUCAAGCUAGCUACAGCUUUGAAUGUCGCAGAUACUAUCAAUGUUGCCGUGCAGGUCUUUAGAGCGAGGGCUUCGAAGGACACGUGCAGAUGUGCUUACGGCUUGGUGGUCCGACUCGUUUCCUGCAACAUUAACUAUUUGUCUUGGAUCAAUGGCUCGGAACAUAUGUUCCGGCGCACGAAGGGCGGGGAGCCGUAA